AUGUUGCAGCCCCAACCUCAGAACUGGGACGAGAUGUUCAAAGACGAGAAUUUCGUCAAGACCUACAAGAUUGCCGAAGGAGCUUCAGGCCCAUUUGGAGAAGUCUUGAUUGAGCAGAGCGGCAUUGUUGCUGAGGCCAAGGCGAAUCCCGAGAAACCUCUCGUGAUCCUCGACGAUGGGUGUGGCACUGGCAUCAUCUCAGAAAUGCUGGUCGAGAAAGUGGACGCUCAGGCUAAGAGCAACUGGAAGUUGACUUGCUGUGAUAUCUCCGAAGCCAUGGUUGAGUAUACUAGGCGGCGGGCCCAGAGUGGCAGAUGGCCCAACGUGGACUUCAAGAUUGUGGAUGCGCAGGAGACCGGGCUGGCGAGUGACUACUAUACGCAUGUUCUAGCAUCUUUUGUCCUCAUGGCUCUUCCCAAAUCCUUGGCGGCGCUGGACGUUCCCUGGCUUGAAGUUGCCGGCAAAGCAGUGGCGAGCCUUGACGGCAAUCUUCUCUGGCCUACCGUGGAGGAAUUCCUCGCGGCCAUGGGCGAUAAGAACUGGAGAUCGUCGUCGUGGAUUGAAUCGCAACUCCAACAGCGAGGAUUCAUCGACAUUAAUGUGAAGCCUGUCACGAAGAGUUUAAACAUGACCGUGCCGGACUUUCUACAAAUGACGAGCAGGAUGCUACCAAUGAUUACCAAGGGGUUCUGGUCAGAUGAACAGCGGCAGCAGUUCCUCGGCAAGGUCUCUGCGGGUAUGGAGAAGUACGUGGUUGAGACGUACGGGGCCAAUGGGGACAUCACGAGAGAUUGGACGGCGAUUGUGUCUACAGCUCGCAAGGCGUGA